CUGAUCCCACAUCAGUGCAGCGGCGCACACAGCAACAUGGCACUGGCCGACACUGAGUGCGGAGGCUCCGGCUGCGGGGACUCCGGCUCCCCGUUCACCGAGAUCAUCGAGCUGAACGUCGGCGGACAGGUGUACGUCACCAGGCACAAGACUCUGGUCGCCGUCCCGGACUCGCUCCUGUGGAACAUGUUCAGCAAGAAGUCGCCCAAGGAGUUGGCGAGGGACAGCAAAGGGCGCUUCUUCCUGGACAGGGACGGCUUCUUGUUCCGCUACAUCCUCGACUACCUGCGGGACCUGAACCUGGUGCUGCCGGACUACUUCCCGGAGAAGAGCCGGCUGCAGAGGGAGGCUGACUUCUUCCAGCUGCGGGACCUCGCCAAGCGGCUCAGCCCCCGGGUGAGUAAGGAUAAUUCAAUCAGCGAGGAGAUCAGCCACAGCGACACAGAGGAAGGCGCGCAGCUGUGCGGCUCCUCCGUGGGCAUGGAGACUUUACGCGCGAUGUCGAUCACCGGUGCCAUGCGCUCCCCGUCCCUGGACUCCAGAAAGUCGGGCUACAUCACGAUAGGAUACCGCGGCUCCUACACCAUCGGGAGAGACAUCCAAACCGACGCCAAGUUCAGGAGGGUGGCGCGCAUCACGGUGUGCGGGAAGACGUCCCUGGCCAAAGAGGUGUUCGGGGAGACGCUGAAUGAGAGCAGGGACCCGGACAGGCCCCCGGAGAGAUACACGUCCCGGUACUACCUGAAGUAUAAUUUCUUAGAGCAGGCGUUUGACAAGCUGACAGAGGUGGGCUUCCACAUGGUGGCCUGCAGCUCCACAGGCACCUGCGCCUACACCAGCAAUGAUCCAAACGAGGACAAAAUCUGGACGAGCUACACUGAGUAUGUCUUCUGUCGGGAUUAAAACUACCCACGUCGUGUUGAUGUGCAUAUAGACAUAGAGGGGGGUGUGAGUCUUUAAAGGUGUUGCAUUUGGCAAAAGUCGAGAAACUCCAAAAACAUAUAUGUCCCCAUUAUUCUUUAAAUAGCCAAGUAGCAGUAUUAACCCACUCUGAGGUUAACCAAGGACACAGAACCCCCCCAAAAAAGAUGGAACUCAACAUUAUGUCAAGAGAAGAUUAUGCAGUUUGCAUUAUCAAAGCGAGCAGAGUCAACCCACUCAUCCUAAGGCCCUGAUGCCUGGAGAGGACCAAUACAAUGCCAUCAUCUCUAUUUCAUGGAACUGCAUGUCAACAUUUCAGUCACAUCUGACCGCUGUGUGAACUGAGCAGCGUCCAAGAGCAGACAAGCAGCGAUUAGUAUUCAGUGUCAUUGUAAUUUCUAGACUUGCUUGAUGACAUGUUUGGCCAAGUCCUGUAUCACCAGAAUAGGAUCUUGUUGCAGUUUACAUGACAUGAUUGUAAGUGUACGUGCUUGCCUGGUAGAGUUGUGUUGUUAAACCUGUUCAGAUGAAAUAAAAUCUUCUACUCUGUUAUUCCCAAGCCCUGUUGCCAGUCAUCCCAUCUUCUUCUUGUUGAACAAAGUGUAUAGUUUAGCACAAUACUGGCACCCGCCGCUCCUCGACCAUCUUUACUCAUCAAAGCGUCUCGCCCUGCUCCAGAAACCAGAAACUUUCCAGAAACCCAGCUCAACAAUAUCUGAGUUCUUGACUGAUGCCAACCAUGAACUUUCCUUGGCUCUGACUUGCAUCACUCUUGCAAACUGCUCUUUCUGUUUUUCUGUCCAUCUCCACCCUGUUAUUAAAUCACACAAGAAAGAAAACCUCCAUCUCCUGCGAGUAAAUAUUGCAGGAGGAUCCUUCGCCACCGAUUCUGUCACACAAACUCAGCCGCUUGCCGUGCGGAUGCAAAAUAGUGCAGCUGUGCACACAUGAUGUCAUUAUCAUUUCAAGUGUAAAUAAUGAAAGGGUCCAGCUGCACACAAAUAGGAGGGUAGGGUCUGCCAGGGCCUGUGGAUGAAUGGGGAGAUGAUUGGUGCACCUCAGCUGCAGAAGCAGAAUUAUUUGACUGUCCUGUGUACAGCAGCCUCAAAUUAUGUGUGUUUCAUUCAAAACAAUGGUGAAAAAAUGCCCUUACAUUUAGAGCCAUGGGCGGAAUUAUGGACGAUCAGGGGCUUAUAGAGCAGAGGCAGUGAUGUAACCUCCGUGGGGGUCCGGGGACAUGCUCCCAGCGGGAAGGUCGCUUGGGAUUCAUGUGGUAAAUACAUCAGCUACACUCAAAUGUGCUGUUUGGACAGGAAUGAAAAUUAUCUGUGGGAGUUUGAUCUCACUGGGGAUCAUCGGAAAUGAGUUUGACACAUGAGAGAAAGAAAAUCAAACUAGGUUAAACGAUGGCUGGAUUCCAUUUGGCUGCUUCCGCUCAAGAGGUCCUGUCUGCGGAACCCAUGAACUCAAAAGAGCCUUAACCUCCUGUGCUUUUCAACCUGAGAAAAAAAAAAAACGGUGUUGGCUCCAUUUACAUGAGCAUUAAUAGUUAAACAAGUAAGUUAAAAAUGUUAAGAGGAGAGCUUUCACUGAGUCUAUAAAUAUAGUUCCAUUAUAGCCAAGUAACAUUAUUACAAAGAAGCUGAAAUUAAAGAAAGUAAAGGCUCUAAUAUCAAUAGUAUCAAUGCUUUCUUUCCUAAGAAUUCUCUAUACUUGAGUUAAGCACUAAGACUCAGAAAAGCACACUAUACUUGGAAACCUAUAUUGGUCCUGUGUCUUGCUUGGGUAUUUCCAGGAAGCUCAAAAUUGACCGUUACCUCUUUUUUUGGUCUCAAUAUGACAGAAGAAAAAAAUGACAGAAGCAGAUGACACACACAGACUUGUCGCAGGCUGAAACAUUGAUAGUUAACUGUACAGAUCACGGCCACAGCGGUGGUAGAUGUGAGAAUAUCUGAAAAUAAUUCUUUGUUGCAUUUUUAACCUGGUAACAUUCUUGCUGUAAAUGUGGUACAUCUUUCAAAAUAAAGAUGAAAUUUGAGAUGA